AUGUGGCGCAAUAGACUGUCUUUCGCGUCGUGUCUUCGUCCCGAACUACUGGCCCGCAUCUUCUCUGUUUUAGCAGCCAUUGAAGUGCCAGGGAUGCCUUACAAGGACUUGGGGUGGAUCAAGGUUUCUCAUGUCUGCAGUUACCGGAGACAGGUUGCUUUGGGCGAUGCGAGACUCUGGACAAGUGUUGUCUUAAAUAACGGCGAAAAGUGGACCCAGGAAAUAAUCCUACGUGCCAAAAAGACACCGUUGAUCAUAGCUGAGCACUCCAUCGACUCGGAAGAAACCAUGUCGGUUGUUCGGCAUGUGGCUUUUACUCACAGGCUGCAGCUAAUGGAUCUCCAGUUGGGCGGGGCGGACGAGAUGAUCGCAUCCGUCAUGCAGGUACUUACACCCCCUAUGCCAGUUCUAGAACGUGUAAAACUGGAGAAUACGUUGCAGUGGGAUGAAGAAGACCUCCCGCGUCUUCCUCCGGACCUUUUUGGCCUUGACGCCCCACGCCUUCAAUCAGCUUUCUUUCGUGGAUUCAUAUUCCCUUGGUCCUGUUCACUCUGGCGUAAUCUGUCGAAUUUGUCGAUAUCGCUGCCAAAGGGGACACAGCCCCUCUCCUUAUCAGAAGACGAUUUUUUCGAUGGACUAGCAAACAUGCAGCAUCUAGUAUCAUUACAUAUCGAUGAAUAUUUCCCAUCAUCCCCCCAGCCAGCAUUGUCUACUCAUAUGAGACGCCCUGUUGUCAAUUUUUCGCGCCUAUCACACCUUGUCUUGGAAGGCUCAUGGCCGAUAUGUAUCAUUGUGAUUGGAAGCAUUCAGAUCCCUAAAACAUCUCAGGUUCAUCUGAACUUCUCCGAGUUUAGCUACAAUGGAUUCCACGACGUGCUCAUCCCGUUCCUUGAGAGACAUGGUGGCAAGUCAGGGGAUGCAUCGCCUCUGCGCACUCUUCUCAUUGAUCGCCGUAGCUUGUAUGGACGCCUGUAUAUAUGCGGGUGGACAUCCGUUGAUGCCCCCGAUCCAGGACAUAUAGACCGCUUUUAUCCUCCUGCACAUAAUCCCUCCCUCUGUCUCCAUUCUGCCCACUCUCCGCAACAAACACACGAACUAUACUUCCCAGAAACCUUAAGAACAAUCGUGCAAACACUGUACAUUCAGGAGUUGUCGGCGUUGUCGUUCGAGCUUGAAGUGGAAUUUCCCAAAACGUACAUCUCGACUUUCCAAGUGUUAGAAUCAGCCCGGAGCUUGGUAUACAGAUCAUUUAUAAAAGGUGCAAGCAUCCUCGUUUGCGUCGUGCUCUCCAGCAAGACAAUCACCCCAGAGAGCAGAGGGGGGCAGGCAAACGGUCACAAACCAGACAUCCUCUUCCCAAAGCUUCAGUAUUUGAGCUUGUACAGCAGAGCUCUUCUUACACCACUACCUCUCGUUAAAGCCGAAUUGACGGAUCACCAGAAUCAACCGAUACAGUCUUUCAUACAACGGGAGAACAUGCAGGCUCAUGUUGGAAAGUUCGAUUUGAAUAUUUGGACGGACCACGACACAUUGACAAAGGAGUGGGCGGAUCAGUUGGAGAGUGUUGUGCCCGUGACAGUAACCCAGCGCGGGUGGGGAAGUAGCAAGCAGUGA